AUGCCCCCGCGCCCGGGCCCGGCCCCCGAAGGUUCGGUCAAGAUCCGGCACAUCGACAUGUCGCCGGCCACGCAGCCGCCGCAGGCGUCGGAGCCCGACGCCCCCGAGGUGUGCCCCCACCUCUCGCGGGCGGUCAAGCCCAACCCCGCCAAGAGGCAAAUCCCCCACAUCAAGGUCUUCGCCUGCCAGGAGCCGGACUGCUCCGCGUCGGCGAGCGACCAGGGAGGCGACAUCUGGGUGUGCUGCGGGUGCGCGGCCCUCCUCUGCGCCGAGCACCAGGCCCAGCAUGUCCAGCCCCCGGGGCAUGUCAUCUUCCUGCGGACCGAGGCUCGGGCGUUGGUGGUGCUUGACGCGGCGUGCGCGCGGCGACUCCUCCGCGCCCUGGAGCCCCGCGACGGCCUGCCCUCCGUCCGGUUCGCCUUUGCACCGCUAUGCUUCGCGCUACACACCCGGCCCGAUGCGAUCGCCCUGCGCCGGGAGUCGCUGCAUUGGCUGGUACGCAUGGCCCCGCGCAUAGGGCGCGCCCUUUUGGCCGACGGCGACCCGCUCCCCGGGACCCCGGGCUUCGGCCCGGAGCACGCGGCCUUUGCCGCCUGCUUCGGGCCCCUCUUCCAAUGUCUGGAUCAUGACACCCUCUCGGUGUCUGCCUGCGGGGUGCUCAUUCAUGUGGCGCGUCCGUGGCACGCCAGUGCCUGGCGCACGCGCAAGGCCCGGCAGCUGUACGAUCGCCGCGGCCGACCGCGUGCCAUGGCCCCGCUGGUCCAACUGCUGGAAUCCUGGUCGACAAACAUGCGCCUGGGGGCCGCCGGCGUGGCACUGCACCUUGGGGGAGGACCCGUGGCCGCCACCGCCACAGCAAGCCUGGUCUCGCCCUCGUCGCACAGCAUCACCACUUCCUCCGGCGGCGCCAUCGCCCAUGUUGACAGCCUCCAUCUACAGCGUGCGCGCCUUGCCCACGCGCUUUCGGCGCUUACCCUGCACGAUGAGCCCCGUCAGCCGGGGGCCGCCACGACCAUCGGCCUGAGCGACCUCAGCUCUGCCCUCCAUACCCCGAGCGACCCGCCGCCCAAUUCCUUCACUCGAUCGCUGACAGCCACCGUGGACUCGGCCUCCCUACAUGCCUUUGUCCAGGCCAUCGACGACCCCUUCUGGCUGCCUGCCAUUUCGGACUUCCUUUCCACAUGGGAUGGCUGCCGCCUCCGGCACUCGGUCUUCCGAUUGAUCUCCCUGUGCCCGCCAAUGGCCUUCGAGGAGAUCUACACCUUCAUCCUCAACCCGCUGCUCCACCUCUUCCAAAGUUCGGACACCGUGUGGAAGUGCACCCUGAUCAACAUGUACUCGACCUUGACGUCGCGCUGGUGUGCGGUCUUCAUGGCCGAGGAGUCCAUGGGGCUCGGGGCUGACCGGUAUUUCGGCCUGCUGGCCACCAUUCGCCUACUGGCCGCACAUGUGGACCGACUUUGCCUACACUCCAUCAUCUCCGAGCGUGCGCAUCCCCUGGUGGAGACCACAGUCCGGGGGUACUUCCUCCGGCUGUUCCAGGCCCUUGAGGGCCACGACUCGAGCAAGUAUUCCGCCCUCGAGGAGGGGCCAUCCGGACUCGAUGACAGCCUCGACCCGUCGAACAUCCUGCUGGGGUUUUCCCCGCGGUCGCUCGUCCUCCUCUCGGCAAACCCCAGCAGUGGCAUUGGCCCGCUGGACCUUUCCCUCCUGGGCGGGAGGGGCUAA